AUGGUCCAAGCGUUUGUCCGUGACCGCCGGUCCACCCGCACCAGAACUACGGCGACCGACGUGUCAAACUACCUCCGUGAGAUGAGCAUCCUGGACGUCCAACGCUACCUGCGGGCCCAAGGUUACAAGCGUGGGAAUCGGAAGGGGUCGUCCACCUACCACUUGUCCAAGGCGAACGCCCUUGCCCGGGACGUGUACGUCCGCAAGAUGCAGGCCCUGGUUGACGCGCCCGACGGCCCCCAUGUCGUGUACACUGACGAGUCCUACAUCCAUCACCACUACAAGUCCCACCACCAAGCCCUCUACGACCCAUCCGACACGAUGGACCUGCCAUCAAAGGAGAAGCACAAGGGACGUCGCUACUGCUUCGUCGCUGCCAUUCUGGACUCACCCACGCUGGAAAGCAAGUCGACAGCGAAGCAGCCCAAGGACUACCAUGGCAUGUUUGACACUGAGUAUUACGUGGCAUGGUUUGGGCGGCUGCUCGACGAGAUGGAUGAAGGUGGGAUCACGAAUGCGUUGAUUGUGCUCGACAACGCUAAGUACCACAAGUCGUUGCCCAAGUCUACCCCAACGAGUGGCCGCCGCAAGGGUGUCUUGGUCGACGCGUGUCGAGCGUACGGCAUCCCAACGAGCGGGCAUGAGCACAAGAGUGAGCUCUGGGGACUGUUGGCGACGCACAUCCGAGCCCACGUGAAACCUAUCAUCACGGACAUGGCCGAAAGUCGUGGCCACAGCAUCGUGUUUACUCCUCCUCAUCACUCAGAUUUACAGCCCAUAGAAAUAGUUUGGGCAAUUGUCAAGGGCGAGGUUGGUCGGCAGUACACAGACAUGACAAAGUUUCCCGAUGUUAAGCUGCGCCUAGAAGCUGCAUUUGCCAAUCUAAAGCCUAGCACCAUCAAGGGUUGUGUUCGUUCAGCGCAAGAGAAGCUUCAAUUGCUUCACAAUCAUCUCGUUCAAGUCGACGCACUGGAGUCUGAGUCGUCGUCAGCUGCGAGCGGAAAUUCAAGUGAUGAUGGCAGCGACUCGGAUGACUAG